AGAGCCAUGUAAUAUAGGCUUGCAUUUCCUGAGCGCUUCGGGGCCGCUGUGUUGGAUGGAUGUUGCUCUGAAAUACAGCGCCAGGCGGCUAAGACUCUCGUAUAUAAGCAAAGGGAAGGCGAUUUUGACAGCAGAGUAGGGAACGAAACACGAUUUCCUGACCCUUUCUGAUAAAUUACAAGUCGGUCUCAAAAACCUGCAUCUCUUACUGAAAACAGCUUAUCCGGAAUUUCCUUUUUGCUUGGAAACUGAUCGUGGCGCAGCCUAUAGUGUUCUCUCCAACACAGAAUCCACUGCGGUGGUGAGAAUCCCAUUAAGAUCCCCGCUUAACUGAAGAUCAGGAUGUCUUGUUGAGUAAAUUACUAGCACUGGAUUGUAGCUAUCGAACCUUGGCAUCCGGACCACAGAAUCUGCAGUGGCUGUGUUCUCCAGAUAAAAAAAAAAAAAAAGGCACGCAGGGAGAUAACUAUGUGAAUAUCAGACACCCAGAAGUCAAACAGCAAACCGCUUGGUAUGGAGGGUUUCCUAAUCUGAAUCACCACUACUUCUCAAGUAAUUAGUUAUGAUGGACCCGUUUCAUGUGCCACUGCUGGCUUCGAGUCUUUUUCUGUCUGCCUUGACCACCAUGACACUGGCCCAAAACAACACAGGCUCAAACAGCACCAGCAACAAUCCUGGAACGAACACAGAUUCGAACACAGGUUCGAACACAAACAUUGUCAUGCCACUCCUGGUGCUGCUCCUGCUGCUUCUAAUCUGCAUUCUUUCAGCUGUCUAUUUUCUCAGGUUUAGAAAACAGAGGAAGGCAGAUGUCACUACUGUGGACAAGAAGAUACCAAAUGGCAUUUUAGAAGAACAAGACCUCAUUAAAGCUCAGGAGGACAAUGCUGGAGAGCUGAGCACACCGUGCUCUCAAGAACAACAGACUGUCAUGCUCCUCACAAGAUCACCGUCUGCUUCUAAGAAAUACUUCCCCAUUCCUGUUGACUGCUUGGAGGAGGAGUACAGGAUACACUCUGCCGAUGACGGAAAACUCUUCCGGGAGGAGUUCAACUCUUUGCCAAAUGGGUACACACAAGGCACAUGUGAGGAGGCCAACAGAGAAGACAACAAAGAAAAAAACAGAUAUCCAAACAUCCUUCCAUAUGACCAUUCCAGGGUGAUUCUGACGCAGAUUGAUGGCAAUCCUUGUUCAGACUAUAUAAAUGCCUCUUACAUCGAUGGAUACAAGGAAAAGAACAGAUUUAUAGCUGCACAAGGUCCGAAGCAAGAAACCAUUGCAGAUUUCUGGAGAAUGAUCUGGGAACAGAAAUCUGCAACUAUUGUUAUGUUAACAAAUUUAAAAGAAAGAAAAGAGGAUAAAUGUGAUCAGUACUGGCCUGACCAAGGCUGCUGGACGUAUGGAAAUGUUCGUGUUGUAGUGGAAGAUUUCACAAUCCUCGUGGACUACACCAUACGCAAGUUUUGUGUACAGUAUCAGACCAGUGAGGGCUCCAAAGCCCCCAGAUUGAUAACGCAGCUUCACUUCACCAGCUGGCCUGAUUUUGGAGUGCCUUUCACACCCAUCGGAAUGCUCAAGUUUCUAAAGAAAGUAAAGACAGUCAACCCCUCCUUUGCCGGCCCCAUUGUGGUUCACUGCAGUGCUGGCGUGGGCAGGACAGGGACCUUUAUCGUGAUUGACGCUAUGAUUGACAUGAUGCACGCAGAGCAGAAAGUGGACGUGUUUGCAUUAGUGUCAAGAAUACGAGAGCAGCGUUCACAGCUUGUUCAGACUGAUAUGCAGUACUCCUUCAUAUAUCAAGCUCUUCUGGAAUACUACCUGUAUGGUGACACAGAACUUGAUGUCUCCUCCUUGGAGGGACACUUACAGAAGCUGCACAAUACCAUGGCUCCAUUUGACAGAAUUGGGCUAGAAGAGGAAUUUAAAAAAUUAACUAAUGUUCGAAUAAUGAAGGAGAACAUGAGGAUGGGUAACCUGCCGGCAAAUAUGAAGAAAAACAGGGUACUUCAGAUCAUUCCAUAUGACUUCAACAGAGUGAUUCUCUCGAUGAAAAGGGGCCAGGAAAAUACAGAUUACAUCAAUGCAUCAUUUAUAGAUGGCUAUCGACAGAAGGAUUACUUCAUUGCAACCCAGGGCCCUCUGUCACAGACAGUGGAUGAUUUCUGGCGAAUGGUGUGGGAAUGGAAGUCUCAUUCUAUUGUAAUGCUCACAGAGCUACAAGAAAGAGAACAGGACAAGUGCUUCCAGUACUGGCCGUCAGAGGGCUCUGUAACACAUGGAGACUGGACAGUAGAGAUAAAGGGGGAUGCUCGCUGUGACACUUGCAGUGUGAGAGAUUUUAUGCUGUCAUUCAGCCCAGAGAAACAGACGAGGCUGGUCCGCCAGUUCCACUUCCACGGCUGGCCUGAAAUCGGGAUCCCAGCCGACGGGAAAGGGAUGAUCGACAUCAUAGCAGCUGUGCAGAAACAACAACAGCAGUCUGGGAACCACCCCAUCAUAGUGCACUGCAGCGCCGGAGCUGGACGGACGGGUACAUUUGUUGCACUCAGUAACAUCCUUGAGCGAGUGAAGGCUGAAGGUCUUUUAGACGUGUUUCAAACUGUGAAAAGUUUACGCAUGCAGAGACCCCAUAUGGUGCAAACACUGGAACAGUACGACUUUUGCUAUAGAGUGGUACAGGACUUUGUCGAUAUUUUCUCAGAUUAUGCCAACUUUAAAUGAAUAACUCUGCCUUAACCAUAUUAUUUUUAAAUGCCGAUUGGCCAGGAUCUGUGUGUUGUUGUUUUUUUUUUUUUAUAACUGUAUUAAAUAAUUAUAUUUUGCUAUGCACUUGUCCUUAAUGUAACAAAAAAAAAUGCUAAAAGCUGUAUUAUAUUGUCUUAUACCUAUGUUUUCUGUGUAAAUGCCAAAAACAAUUGCUGAUGUAAAUGAUACUGAUGUAAAUUAAUUAUUUUAGGUCAUGAAAUUUGACAGUAUUAAAUGUAUAUGAAAUUGGGUAUUCAGCUAUGGCGAAAAGUUUUGCAUCACCUAGAAUUUUCGGAUUAAGACAUAAUUAAACAUAAAAUUAUAUGAUUUUACAUAAUAUAGAUUUAUUUAACAUCAUGUAAUCAAAGAAACUACAAAAUUAUAUUGGAAAAGUCCACUGGAAGCCAGAAUAGUUGUACAGUAUUUCAUGUUGGAUUUUGAAAUGUCACAUUUUUCAAUUUGUCAGUUUUUCAUUAAGUAUAUGGGAAACUACAAAGUGGUAUGUAAUUCAAUAUGUUAACGUAGCAUUAUUCAGCAGGUUUCAUUCGACUUUAUGAAGCAAAAUGAGUUCAUUCUACAGGGUGAUGCAAAUCUUUUGGCCAGCGCUGUAGCAGUAGUAGUUGCUCUUACAUUAUUUUGUAUAAUACAUUGUUUGUUUUAAAUGUAUGCUACUUUUUAUUUGCACACUACUGUGUUCUGCCAACUGAGAUAAAAAGCCAUUAUUUUUAGAAAGUUAAAAUAGUGCUCAUACAUUUUAAGCACUUCUAUGUAAUAUUUAUAUUAGUUUAUGUACUUGUGUUUGUUUGCUUCACCACUCCACCCCGCACUGUACAUUACAGCAGCAUUUAAAUAUGUAUAUAUAAGUUGUCAGUUAGACUUGGAAAUUCUUAGAGGGAUGUAUACUAUUGCAGAAUAUUUAACUGGAAAAGUGUGUAUUUAUUUAUAGAGCAGAAUGGUAUCACAGUGUCUUUAUGGGUCUAUGAGCUCUGAUGUUUCAAACAAGAAAAAAGAUUGCAAAUGUUAACAAGAGACAGUUAAUAUACCAUCUUUUGGUGUACUUAAGAUUUUUAAAAAUGGACCCUAGGCUAGUACUGUACCUGAGGUAGCCCUUGAGAUGCAUCUUAUUGUCCCUCUCAAUGCAGCCACUGUCUUCAACAGCCCAAUCAUAAACCUAAUACUCUAGCCAUCAAGUAUCAAGUGAUGCAAUGCACAUGUAUUCCAUUUUAAAGCAUCUAUCUUUACGCCUAACCAAAUGCUGAAAACCAGUGUUGCUACAUUAUUAUACAAUUUUUUUUUUUAAAGAAUGUUAUUACAAUGAGUCACAUCAAGUUAACUGUUAUAUUCCACAUAUCCAGGGCUGUUCAUGUGUGUAGAUGUGUACUUAAAAGUAAAUCUGAAACAUAAUUAAGAAGUAUGUUCAUAUUAUUUGGUACUGUACUGUAUUCUACCCAUUUUUUAAAGAUAUGAAGGCUGAAGCACAGUGCUUGAUGUACACUGCCAUGUAAUAAGGCUGGCAAUCUUCCUAGUGAAGCAAGCAUGUUGUGUGUGUAAUAUAUUACUGCAAAGAUGUGUUCAUUUGUAUAUACUUUUUCUUAAUAUGCUACAGCAGCAGAGCCCUAGUUCUAAGGUCCCAAACUGCAGAUAUAUUUUUAGAAUUGUUCGUACUUAUUUUAACAUUUGUAUGUUGCAUGGAGCAGCGCCAUAUUGUGAUUAGAAAAGAUUAUUUCUGAUCAGCAUUUAUUUGCAAUGGUCACUGAGUGACUGAAACUUGAAAACUUUAAAUGUGUCUUCUUUGUAACUUAAAAAAAAAAAAAAAAAGAUUUUAAAAGACCAAAAUCAUGUAAAAGGCAUAGCUUUGUGUAUGUUAUGACUCCUCUAACAAAAAAAAAAUGUGUUGCAUUUGUGAUGGUGAAUUAACAAAUGCUUUAUUUGAAAUGUUAUAUUGAAAAUGGUAAUAUGUAAAUGCAAUUAUUAUCAUUGCGCAUAAGAGUGUGGAUUGGGCUUGAUAUUUGCUACUCUACAAUCAUACUGUAGCUUGCACCAUUGUUUAUUUUUUGUAAACUGGUGUCUUGAGGAAGUUUAUGGUGUCUUUGUAUAUGCAGAAUGCAAUAUCAACUACAUUUAGAAAAAAACACAACUAUAUUCAGCCUUUUUUUUCAUGGAAAUACCAGAAUGUUGCAUAUUUAAAUUUCAGUAUUAAAAUGAUUUAUUUGAAAUUUCA